ACAGAGGGCAAAGACGUAAGGAAUGGGAUGAACGGAUAAGACAUCAGAGGGCACAGAAAGCAACAAGAUGGUGUAUGGGCGUAAUUCUUUUUGUAGCUAUUUGGAAGCGUGAUAUCAUCAUCAUCAUCUUUUCUAUUUACAGGUCUCUCGAUCUGGACAAGAUGUAUAAAGAGGAAGAAGUACACCACAGAGGCUCACGCUCUUCGCAGAAUUAAUCAGAGGCGCUCCAACCGCCCAAAUACAGAUCGGUUCUUUCUCUUCCUCAUCCGGCUGUAUGUGCAGGAAGAAUAUGGCUGCCUUAGCUACUGCAGAAGCUUGUGAUUCAAAUGCAGCACUUCUGGCAAGUGGUGACUUGCGCGUUCUGCAACCAAUCUUCCAGACUUAUGGUCAGCGUCAAACAUUCUUUGGCCCCAUCGUCACUCUUAAGGUGUUUGAGGACAAUGUAUUGGUCAGGGAGAUUCUUGAAACCAGAGGUGAAGGAAGAGUUUUGGUUAUAGACGGUGGAGGAAGCAUGAGAUGUGCUUUGGUGGGAGGGAAUUUGGGACAAUUGGCUCAAAAUAUGGGGUGGGCUGGUAUUGUAGUAAACGGCUGCAUUAGAGAUGUUGACGAGAUUAAUGGAUGUGAUAUAGGGGUGAGAGCCUUGGCAUCUAAUCCCUUGAAAUCAAAUAAAAAAGGAAUUGGUGAAAAGCAUGUCCCUGCGUACAUUGCAGGAACCUUCAUACGUGAUGGGGAAUGGUUGUAUGCAGAUAGUGAUGGCAUUCUUGUCUCAAAAUCCGAGCUGUCGAUCUGAACCAUCCUUCAGAGUCGCAUGUCAAAUUACGGCACGAAUAAGAGGACUGAGUUGUGACAAGUCAUUUGUAUUUCAAUUUUGUCACAUGUUUCGAGGGAAUUGCUUCGAAAUUUUUAAGACUAUUUGUUGAAAUCAGAACGUACAACAGAUUUGUGCAUGUUCUACAAAACUAACAAACAUUUAAAUUUU